ACCCUUUUCACAUGACCUAUCACCUUGGUGUGUGAGCGUUCCAUCCGACUUCCCGUUCCAAACCACGUGUGCAGCACCAGGCUGUGUGUGUGUUCCCUGGCAGCUUGUCCAGGCGGAGGAGGCUCUCGCAGGGCGGCAUGGCGAGCCAGGGGCACUGUCUUCGUUUCGAGGGCUGUAAUUUUUUCAGGCAGCGGAUUGUGCUGUCCACCCUGAGCGGGAGGCCGGUGAAGAUCCAGAAAAUCAGAGUGAAGGAUGAGAGCCCCGGUAUAAAGGACUUUGAAGCAAGUUUUAUCAGACUGAUGGAUAAAAUUACCAAUGGUACCAGGAUAGAGAUUAAUGAAACGGGCACAUCAUUGUACUAUCAGCCUGGCCUUCUGUCUGGUGGACCUUUGGAACAUGACUGCAAUUUACAACGCUCUAUUGGCUAUUAUUUAGAGAGUCUCAUCUGCCUGGGCCCUUUUAUGAAGAACCCAUUAAGAAUCACACUCCGUGGCGUCACCAAUGAUCAGGUGGAUCCCUCUGUGGAUACUCUUAAGGCUACAGCUAUUCCGUUGCUGAAAAAGUUUGGCAUAGAUGGGGAGCAUUUUGAGCUGAAGAUUCUAAGGAGAGGCAUCCCCCCUGGUGGUGGUGGGGAAGUAAUCUUCUCCUGUCCAAUAAGAAAGGUUCUGAGACCUGUUCACCUGACAGAUCCUGGAAAAAUAAAGCGUAUCCGAGGAGUGGCAUAUUCUGUCCGAGUCUCUCCACAAAUUGGCAACCGAAUUGUGGAUUCGGCUAGAAGCAUUUUGAAUAAGUUUCUGCCGGAUAUUUAUAUCCACACAGAUCACCUGAAGGGUGCAAAUUCUGGAAAGUCUCCUGGCUUUGGUUUAUCUCUAGUGGCUGAAACAACUGAAGGCUACUUUCUCAGUGCUGAGCUUGCGUCAAACCCUCAGGGGCAGGGUGCAGCUGUGCUUCCAGAAGAUCUGGGGAAAAACUGUGCAAAGUUACUUUUGGAAGAAAUAUACAGAGGAGGUUGUGUGGAUUCAGUGAAUCAGAGCUUGGUUGUACUGCUUAUGACUCUUGGGCAGCAGGAUGUUUCCAAAGUCUUGCUCGGACCAUUGUCUCCUUACACGAUUGAGUUCUUGCGACAUUUGCGGAGCUUUUUCCAGAUCAUGUUUAAAAUUGAGAGCAAGUCAUUUGAAGAACGUAAAGGCGCAGAGAAAGUCCUGUUGACGUGUGUCGGCGUUGGAUUUUCCAAUCUCAACAAAACCAUUAAAUAAUGAAAGCAAAUUCUGCUUAAGACUGUAACGAGAUUGUGAGAACAGGUCUGUCAUUAUGACUUUUCAAGAGCCUGAAUUGCACAACUGCUGGUGCUGGCUCAGCCACCGCAACCCUGAAAGUCUUGGGGGACGUAAUUAAGUGCACAGGAUUUUACUUUACAAACUUGUGGGCCAUGGACCUACAAAAUGUCAUUAACAAAACAUGGCCAUUUGAGUGUCAGAGAUUGUUUACAAAAACAUUGGUUAACAUAAAAUGUAUGUUCAUCCAAAGCCCUGUACUGAUAUUCACAAAAAUGUGUAUUGCAAUUAUUUAAAGAUAUAUUCCAUCAAAUCAUGUUUUUUGUUUUAGUCACAAUUGUGUGUUUAGUUUUGGAUUGGGGGGUGGGGUGUUACAUUUUAUAUUUUUGUUAUUUUAAUCAUCUCAAAAAAGUCGGCUGUUCUACCACUUUCAGAUGUAAGCAUUUUUUACAUGUUUCUGUGAGUAUUGACUUUUUUUUUUUAUUCUUUGAUCUAUUUACACAAACGUAUAAAAGUUCCCCACUUUUAAAGUGAAGUACAGAUUAAUAUACAGACAAUUGACACACACGAAAAAGAAUUGACAAUGUCGGAACGUCAGUGCAUAUGCCAUUUUUCCUUUACACUUUGAAUAAAUGGUUAGGUUUUUACCAACAUGAGUUAUGUUUACCUGCAAGAAAUCCAGAACCAUCAGCUAAUCUAUACAGAAAGGUCCGCUGUGGGGCUGGUUACACAAGUGCCUUACUGUGAGAUUUCAUCCAUGUACAGCAAUAGUGUCUAAUUCAGGGUUGUACACCUUCCAUGGUGUGAGAGAUGGGGCAUUAAGGCAGCACGGAUGAUGUAGUAUUAGCAUUACUGCCUCACAGCACUGAGGUCAUGGGUUCGAUUCCCACCAUGGCCCUAACUGUGUGGAGUUUGUAUAUUCUCCUUGUGCUUGCGUGGGUUUCCUCCGGGUACUGUGGUUUCCUCCUACAAUCCAAAAAUAUACUGGUAGGUUAAUUGGCUCCCAACAAAAUUAACCCUAACGUGAAUUUAUGUGCAUGUAUAUGUGGUAGUCUAAGCUCCACUGAGGCCGGGACUGAUUUGAAUGGCCAAAUAUUCUCUGUAAAGCGCUGCGGAAUAUGUGUGUGCUAUAUAAAUAACUGGUAAUUAAAAAUAAAAUAAGUGUGAGUUUCUCUGCCAUCCUGCAUUUCCUGAGAGUUACUCAGAUGACGAUGUUCAUACAGAUGAUCCGAUGCUGGGGUUGCAGCAUUGGAUCAGAAAAGCCAGCGCGAGGCGUCUAUGUAAACAAGAUGCCUUCUGCUACAUUAGCUUAUCACACAGCCACUGCAUACAAAGAUGCUGCGGCUGUGAGAUCUGCGUACAUCUCUAAGUCAGGCUUAUUGUUUCAUGGUAGGAGUUUAGAUGCGGAUAGGCUCUGGAACCAUAGUAUGGUUUUAUUCCACAGGUUUGUUAUCCUUUUCAAAGACCAUUACAUUGUAAAAAAGACUUGUUGCCCAAAGUUUCUUUAUAUAGAGCAAUAGUGAUGAACGGAUCCACAGAAGUAAUACAUACAGCAUGUGUUUCUGCACAUCAUGCCAUCCUUGGUGAGAGAUUCUAGGAUAUGACUGGUUUCUUUCUACCCAUUGACCACUUUUAAAACUUAACCUCUGCAUGCUCAGUAGUUCCUCGAGUCAAACUUAAAUUCAACCUGUGUUAUUAACAUCCCUUAACAACAAAUUGUAAACUGGUAUACCAAGUGUGAAAAUGUUAACCACUGAUUUAAAUUGUCAGGUAGUCUUUGAGGUGCGAGGUACUUCAUUGUGAUUUGCUGGUAUCUUGUUCAGUCAUACCUGUGGCCCCAUUUAUUAAUAAGUUCAUUACCAGCAACAGAUUUAGUAUUGCAGUGAUACAAAUGAAUAUGCUAUUAAUAUUUAGCAUUACUUACCUCUCUUGCAAGGUCCAGUGGCUGUCGGUAAUGGUGUGCUCUGUAAUGCACAUGCUUCGCUGGGUCCCCAUUGCCAGUAAUGUGGACAGUAUAUCUCUCGCCAUCUAUAGAUAGUGUAAGCCAGGGGUGGCCAACCAGUCAGAGACAAACAGCCAAGAAAUCUUGUUAGGUACAUCAAAGAGCUGACUUUGAGCCGAAGGCGCACUUGCAAAAAUGGGGUGUGACCUUGUGACUGCUAGGCUACGCCCCUGGUAUAAAAUACAUUGAAAAAGCCAGAUCCAACAUAAAAUACAAUGAAAAAGCCACUUCUACAUCAAAUAAUUGAAAAAGCCAGAUCCACAUAAAAUAUAUUUGUGACAACACAGCCGGCGCGUUGUGUCACAGUGGUAAAAGACACGCAGCUACUUCCCUAGCCCUGGUCUGACCCAUGGACUACACUGAUUGAUUGUUGAUCUGUAUUUGGCUAUGUAUUAGGCAAUAUUGUAUUAUAUUGUAUGAUGUUAUUGUUACAAGGGUACAGUUAUGUUUUCGAUGUAUAUAUAUGAAUGUAUUGGUUAUUGUGUUAUAGUUUGUAAAAUGUUUCCCCCCAUAUGACUGCGCAGAUAACCUGUGUGUUUGCUGUUGUGUAGAUACAGCCAGUCUCAGAUGUCAGGCCAUACACCCCCCUCAUUCUUCCCCACACAAUGGAUUCCAGGCCACACAAUCAGAUUAAGUAAGGUUACUUUAAUUAACAUCUAUUGUGGCCUAGGGGACAUGCCUGUACAUGUGAAACUAGGUUUGCUCUGAAACUGUCUGGGGGUGUCGCCUUAUUGUAGGAAAGACAAAGGUUUGAUAAUAGCAAAGAGGGGACGUGAGACAGAGGGUGAGAGAGUGGCAGGAGACUGACUAAGAAGUAAUGUUCUGUCAGGAGUUCCAGGAGGGAAUUGUCGUGUAGAAUUGGAUCACAGAAGUGUGCUGAACUGUGUUAUAACCUAUUCUGUCAAUAAACCACUGUUGGUUUUUCAUCUA